UGAUUCGUGGAGUUGAAUGAUCCACAUCGUCCUUGGUGUUUCUUCUUCUGAUCACAUUCAAUGUCACCUUUUUCUUUAUUGUCGUUUUUUCUCUUUCCGCGUUACAAAACCGUGAUCUCUCUCUAAGUAUAUACAUAAUCAAAUCUUGUGUAGGAAACAUAGCUCAUUUGUAGCAUUUAAGGUCAGCAGCAUACUCCAGCGUAGCCAUGGCCACUUUUACUGAGGAUGAAAUUCCGGUCAUUUCCCUUGCCGGAAUCGACGACGAUGCCCACAUGGCCGCGGUGAAGAAGAAGAUCGUGGAGGCCUGCGAAGUGUGGGGAAUAUUCCAGGUGGUUGACCACGGUGUUGACCCCAAACUUAUUGACGACAUGAUUCGUCUCACCACCGAAUUCUACUAUUUGCCACCGGAAGAGAAGCUCCGAUUCGACAUGUCGGGCGGCAAGAAGGGCGGAUUCAUGAUCUCUACUCGACGAAAGGGAGACGUAGAAGAUUGGAGGGAAGUGGUAACGUUCUUUACAUAUCCGAGUAGAGAUCGAAGGUACUCGGAAUGGCCGGACAAGCCGGAGGGUUGGAUCAAGACGACGGAAGAAUUCAGUGAAAAGUUGAUGGAUUUGGCUUCCAAAAUAUUGGAAGUGUUGUCGGAAGCCAUGGAUUUGGAGAAGGGAGCUCUUAAGGAAGCUUGUGGAGAGUUGAAUCAAAAGAUUUUGACCAAUUUUUACCCCAAAUGUUCCAACUCCGACCUCGAACUCGGCCUCCCUCGUCACACCGACCCUGGAACCAUUACUAUAUUACUACAGGAUCAAGUGGGUGGUCUUCAAGCAACCAAAGAUGGGGCCAAUUCAUGGAUCAACAUCCCACCCAUGAAAGGAGCUUUUGUAAUCAACAUUGGAGACCAUGGUCAUUAUCUUAGCAAUGGAAGGUUCAAGAGUGCGGAUCAUAGGGCAUUGGCAAACGCAAAGAGUGACAGAUUGUCGAUAGCUACGUUUCAGUAUCCAACACCAGAAGCCAUUGUUUAUCCAUUAAAGGUUGGUGAAGGGGAAAAGGCAGUGAUUGAGAAUCCCAUAAGCUUUGCAGAGAUGUACAAGAAAAAGAUGAGCAAUGAACCUGUUCUUGCAAUGUUUAAUCAUAAAGGACACAACAAAAUCAAUCCUUCUACUUAAUUUAUCCUACUUUAGUUAUAACUAUGUUCUAGACCCAACUUUUUAUUUAGUUAUAUACGUCUCUUAUAUUUAUGGCUGUUUUAGUUAUCAUUUUUUUUCAUCAUAUUGUGAUCAUGAAAGCUUUCCUUUUCCUCUCUUUUGUGUAUUUUUAAUUUAUUUCAAUAAACUAUUUCCUAUCAUAGUUCUUUUUUUUA